AUGAAUUUCACUUUAGAGGGAAAACUCAAAAUAAAUUAAUUUUUGCAAAUACUCAAAAUCUUCUCUUACCCUACUAUUAUAUGUGAUGAUGAAAGUAUUUAACUGAUUUUAAAUAAAAGAAAUACAAUUUUCAGAAAUACCGGAGAAUCAUAAAUUUAAUGAAUUCAAUAAGUCAGACAAGCCUGCUAGCUUUGCUUAAAUAAAUAAUGAUUUCUUUGAUGAAUUUUAAUCAUAAAUUAGAGAAAAUCAUUUAAAAUUUGUAGAAACUAGUUGUCUAAACAUAAAAAUGUAAUAAGAUGUAUGUUUAUUAAAUUCUUAAUUAAACUAUGUUUGCUGUUAAAUUCCAAUUGAUAUUGUUUAUAAAGCAUUAAAACCUUUAGCAAAAUCACAUAUAAAGAUUUUAAAAUUUUCUUUCACUUAUUUAAUAAUUGAAAAAAAUUUUGAUUUUAAAUAAAUAUUGUUACAUUUUAUAGUAGGAGCGUAUUCAGAAAAAGGUUUCUUUACUAUCAUGAAGCCAGUAGCUAUGCAAUAAUAGAGGGAAAUAGAGCUUCCAAAUUUAACAAAUAAAUUAAUUACUAUCAAUUAUGAAAAUUGCAAAACUAUAAUUUAACAAAUGAAAAAUUAUCCAAUUGGAAUGAUUUGUAAUGUAGAUGAAUUAUCAUUUUCUCCAUUAUCUGUGGAUUCAGAAUAAAUAGAUAUUUGGUCAGGAGCUUUACAAUAUUAUAAUUCUUCCUUCAUAGAAGAAAUAUAUGGUAAUUUGAUUAUUUAAUCCAUUUAUGCAAAAACUUAUUAUCCUAUUUUUAGUUAUAGUUAAAAAGUUAAAUAGGAUUGCACAAUUUAUAUAACUCCUGCUGAAAAUGAUUCAAAAAAUGCUCUCUUAUACUUUGUUGCUAGUGAAUAGAAUGUGAUUAUUUGUAAUAGAUAAUAAAUAAUAACAAAGGAUGAAUCAAAAUAAUAAGGCAAAUUGUUUUCAAAUAUUAGUGAAGAAUUAAUUUAAGAAUUAGAAUAGAUAGGUAGCUAAUUUGAGAAAAAGUUUUCUUAAAUCUAAAUAACAACUAAUUUAAAAGAUAAUUAUAAUAGUUGUUAUGAGAAUUAACCUUUGAAAAUGGCAUAUUCAACAAUAGAAGAAAACAAUAGUAAAAUGUAUAGUACAAUCAAUUAGAAGGACCCACUAUUGUUCAUUCCACCAAAAGUUACAGGAUCAAUUAAUGAUGCAAUUUUAGAUUAUAUGACUAGAAAUUCAUGCAAAUAGACUGCUAGUACUAUAUCAAGAUAUAAAUCAAAUUAUUAAAAUUGA